AUGACGUUGAAGGCCUUUUUGGGUGGAAGACGCCAGGCUUCAAUUCUCUUUUUGUCAUGUCUUAUCUUAGCCUUGUCCACUUCGGCCAUCGCUCACACUAAGCAGGCCUCCGUUGCUGAACUUACGGCGCCUCAAAUUGAAGAAAAGCUGCAAGAAUGUCCCUUGGUGCAGUCAUUGAAUGCGCAUAAGCAGGCAACUGCUCCGCAAACUACCAGUUUAACCUCGAAGAUCUUUGCAAUUCUAUUCCCUGGCAGCCCUGCUGUCAAUGCUAUUUUAGCCACAUUUUAUAUCUCCGGACCUCCAAGCCUAGAUUUCCUCUUGGCAUUAUGCCCCCCAAAUAUCGACCCUUCCUCACUUUCAGUGAUGGUUGCAUUCGCUGUAGGUGGACUACUAGGGGACACCCUUUUCCAUCUCCUUCCGGAGAUUUUCCUGGGCGAAGACUCCCCUCAACACGUUCGUUUCGUUCUUGUCGAGCCCAACCGAAAUCUACUCCUUGGUGUUGCCAUCCUAGUUGGCUUCCUUACUUUUGUCGCUAUGGAUAAAACACUCCGGAUAGCCACAGGCGGAGAAGGCGGCCAUGAUCACAGCCAUUCUCAUUCACCAGCAGCUCCUAAAGCCGACGAUGUGGCGUUAGCCACCGGCUCUUCCAGAUCUACCAAGAGCUCAGACGAGACACUAAGACAGCGGAAAUCGGAAAAGUCUACACCCCACGUCAGUGAAGAAAAAGAAAUCAACCCAAGUGUAAAGCUGGGUGGCUAUCUUAACCUUAUCGCUGACUUCACGCAUAAUAUAACGGACGGUCUUGCGAUGGCGUCUUCAUUCUACGCCUCGCCAACCGUCGGUGCUACCACCACGGUGGCCGUAUUUUUCCAUGAAAUUCCCCAUGAAGUCGGUGACUUUGCCCUGUUAAUACAAUCUGGCUUCUCGAAGAGGAAAGCCAUGGGUGCACAGUUCGUUACGGCAAUCGGUGCAUUCUUGGGCACUUUUAUUGGAAUUGCUAUUCAAGAGUUUGGGGGUGGCGAUGCGGCUUCUGCUACUUCCUCAUCCUCUACUGGCUUGCUGGGUACCAGUCUUAUGCUUGGAGAUUUGCUCCUCCCGUUUACGGCCGGAACGUUCCUAUACGUGGGCACCGUUGCCGUUAUACCGGAGCUUUUAGAGACUGGAAAAGAUAAAUCUGUCGAGUUUAGGAAAACCUUGCAACAAUUUGCAGCGAUGUUUGCGGGUGCGGGGAUCAUGCUGUGGAUAUCGUGGUCAUAA